AUGCAUGACCCAUCACUGCGCAGCAUUGAACAAAAGGACUAAUUUUAUAGUCGACAUUUUUUUAAUAUAUAUAUAUAUAAUAAUAAUAAAAUUGUGGAAGAGCAUUGUUAAUAAUUAGAUGUUUGUAGAAUUAUUUUUGCUUUCUACCUUUAAAUCAAAUAAUUAAAACAAUGAGUUUUAUGGUAAAUCGAGUGAUGAACAUAAUAAAUCAUAAUUGCCUAAUGAGAUAGGUGCUUUUGGUAACUACCGUCUAAAUAUAACAAUGAAUUUGUAAAACUGAAAAUUACGGCCAAAUGGAACACCUGCAAGGAAGGAAGCAAGUUGCUUCUCCUGAAGUGGCAAUUGCCAAUGAAGUUUUCGAUCAAUUUUGCAAUGCCUCAACUCUUAAAUCCAUUCUUAGUUGUUAUCGACAUCUAUUGGACCUUUUAAAGUUACGGCCUACUAGUAUUAAUCAGUUUUAUCCAAAACUGAAAUCUAAAUUAAGAUCUUGGAAGGCACAGGCAUUAUGGAAAAAAUUCGAUCAAAGGGCAAAUCACAAAUGCUACAAUAGAGGAAAAGCAUGCCCUUAUACGAGGGUAUUAAUAAUUGGAGGUGGUCCUUGUGGAUUACGAUCAGCAAUUGAGGCUCAAUUACUUGGGGCGAAGGUGGUUGUAAUUGAGAAGCGCGAUAGAAUGUCUAGAAAUAACGUUCUUCAUUUAUGGCCUUUUGUAAUUCAAGAUCUUCGAAGUUUAGGAGCAAAAAAAUUUUUUGGAAAAUUUUGCGCUGGUGCAAUCGAUCAUAUCAGUAUUCGCCAACUGCAAUGCAUUCUCUUAAAAGUCGCUUUAAUUCUUGGUGUAGAGUUUCAUGAAAACGUUAGUUUCGAUGUUCUAUUGUCACCUCCAGAAAACCAGGAAAAUGAAAAAAUUGGCUGGAGAGCAAAAUUCACGCCGGCUGAUCAUCCAGUUUCUCAAUAUGAAUUUGAUGUGCUAAUUGGUGCUGAUGGGAAAAGAAAUACUUUAGAUGGUUUUAGGCGUAAGGAAUUCAGAGGAAAAUUAGCUAUUGCCAUUACAGCUAAUUUCAUUAAUAAAAGAACUGAAGCUGAAGCGCGUGUUGAAGAAAUAAGCGGAGUAGCAUUUAUUUUUAAUCAAAAAUUUUUUAAGGAAUUGUAUCAAGAAACGGGAAUUGAUUUAGAGAAUAUUGUUUAUUACAAGGACGACACUCAUUACUUUGUGAUGACUGCAAAAAAACAUAGUUUAAUCGAUAAAGGCGUUAUUCUUCAGGAUCAUGCAGAUACUGCAAAAUUACUUGAUAAAGAAAAUGUCGAUCGAGAGGCGUUAAUGCUUUAUGCUAGAGAGGCAGCCGAAUUCUCUACAGAAUAUCAAAUGAUGGAUUUAGAAUUCGCAGUUAAUCAUUACGGACAACCGGAUGUUGCAAUGUUUGAUUUUACAUCAAUGUACGCUGCAGAAAAUGCUAGUCGAAUUAUUGAACGACGAGGACAUAAACUUUUUAUGACCUUGGUUGGUGAUAGUCUUUUAGAGCCUUUCUGGCCAACUGGUUCUGGUUGCGCAAGGGGCUUUCUAAGUUCUCUUGAUGCUUGUUGGGCUAUAAAAGGAUGGGGCGCCUCUUUUAAUCCAUUGGAAGUUCUUGCUGAGCGAGAAUCCAUUUACAGAUUAUUAGGUCAAACAACACCAGAAAAUUUAAAUAGAGAUUAUGCUGCUUACACUUUGGACCCCCACACUAGGUACCCAAAUUUAAACAUUCACUCAGUUACUCCAAUUCAAGUGCGAAAUCUUUUGGAUACUGAUGAUCCUGAAAAUAUUAAACAAUCUCCAUUUCUUUCAACAAUUGAUGUUCCCAAAAAGCGACGAAGAAGAGACAUACAUCCAGAUUCACUGCUCCGUUGGUUACAAAAGCAAGUGGACGAUUCACUUAAGAUUAACGAUAUGGGUACUUGUUUCAAAAAUGGUUUAGCACUUUGUGCAAUUAUCCAUAGAUACAGACCAGAUUUAAUAGACUUUCAGUCUUUAAGUUCGUCAGAAUCAGCAAAAAAUAAUCAACUUGCUUUCGAUAUAUUGCAAAAGGAAUUCAACAUAUCUCCUAUAAUGACGGGAGAGGAAAUGGCAGUCUGUGAAGUUCCUGACAAGUUGUCCAUGUUUUCAUAUUUGUCUCAUUUAUAUGAAGCUUUUAGAGGAGAAAUCCCUCACAUCAAACAUCUGAAAUUGGAAUUUGAAGAAAGAAAUGAAGAAAAGCCAACUUUCUCAAAGCAUUUGAGCCGAGAAGCAGGUAAAGAAGAAACAAUUAAUCUUAAGAAGGAAACAACUCGGUUGAGGCACUCUCGUGUUUUUUGUGAAAAUUUUAUUACGGAAAAGGAUGCUGUAAAUCGGAGGUCAAGAAAGCGCCGUAGCACAGAAAAAAUGGGUGCCACUGUGGCGGAAAGACAGAAGAGACUCGAAGACAUAGAAAUGAAUCGAAUAGAGCGUAUGAGGAAGCGUCAAUAUCUACGAAAAAUGGCAACACAACAAUUUUACAAAAGUAUACAAAUGCUAUCAGCUAAUGCUAAACGCGAAAAGGAAGAACCUUUUGAAGAUUAUUCUAUAUUUUUGUAUCGACAAACUGCUCCCGAUUUCAAGGACAGGGUGAAAGAUCUCGAACAGAAAAUACUUUAUCCAGAUCGAGAACCUAAAAUGCAUAUGGGUCAUUACAAAAAGAAUGCAGAUAACGAAUUUUCUGGUAGGAUAAAAAAUAUCGAGGACAAAUUGAAAGGAACAAUUUCUUUAGAAAAGAAACCUAAAGACCUUUUAAGAGCAAUAGGUAAAAUUGAGAAAACCGAUUGGAAUGUAAAGGAGAUUGAAAAAAAAAUUCAAGAGAAUAAAAUGGGCCGAGGUGUCCGAAGUCAUGACAAAGUGGAGCGGGUACCAAAAUGGAGUCGUGAACAGACGUCUAUAUUUUUCAUUCAGUUUUUAGCACGUCAAAUUAAAAUGGAAAAGAAAGGUCAUAAUCCAUAUGAAAUAGAAAGUAAGUACGCCGAUAUUGACAAUACACUUAAGACAAUUGACCGGAAAAUUAAAGAAGGCAAUGUUCUUGGACACAACAAAGUUUCAGCAAUGGCUGAGCAAUUUGCUACAAAAAAUAAAGAUUCUGAACCCAAGAUGCAGAGAUUGAAUUCAAAAGUGACCGUUGCACUACCAACUCAGGGUGGUUCUGAAAUGUGCCACUUUUGCAAUAAGAGAGUUUAUCUUAUGGAGAGACUCAGUGCUGAAGGAAAAUUUUUCCAUCGCGGAUGUUUUCGCUGUGAAUAUUGCUCAACCUCACUUCGAAUAGGAAAUCAUACAUUUGACAGGGGAAAGAAUGGUGGACGCUUUUAUUGUACGCAACAUUUAGGUCUGUCAGGAACAAUGAGAACAAAAAUGGAGAAAAAAACCCCGCCAAUGAUGAACAAAGAAAAUAUACCAAAUGUAUCAAUUAAUACGCCCGAUAAACCUAAAGUGUCUUUAGAAGGAGUUACCGGCCUUGACUUGCUCGAUCGAGGUCAAACACCAGAGAGAAUAGAAUUUGAAAAUUUAGCCAGAGUAUCUGACGCUGAAGAUGCUCACAGUCAAAUGGAUGAAGAUGAGUGGACGGAUAGAAAUUUUGGCGCUUCUGCUGCGGAAAUGGGUUCGAGUGAUGAUGAUAUUUCUGAUUUGAGUGAUUCAGAGGAGGACAAUGAAGUGUUUGAAGAGGCGAUUGAUCAACCUUUGACAACAGAAGGAACUCUUGAACUGGCAAAAAAUUGGACUCUUCGUUAUUCUCAGUAUCAUCCUUCAGAAGAACAUUCGGAUACUGGAAGUAAUGAAUAUGAAGAUUCCACUGAUGAAUGUACAAGUGAAGACGAUGAUAGUGCUACGGCAACUGAGAAUGAAGAUGAAGUUCGUGCAAGAGAAUUGAGAAAACAAGAAGUAUGGCUAAAAGUACCUCCUCAAAGUUCUGACACGGAAACUGGCUCGGAAACUGAGGUUGCGUCAGAUGAAUCAACUGAAGAUAGUGAAGAAAAUUCCGCAACAGAAAUAUCGACUGACUCUGAAUUCGAGCACGAUGGGACAACGCCAACACAACACGAAAUACCGAAAAUAACAAUAAAUGAUGCUUUUGUACGAAAAACCAGAGGCGAUUAUGUCGAACCAAAAAUUGUACAAGUCAAAAGUCACAUGCUGCUAAAUUCCACGAACGGAAAUCAAAAAAGUAAUCUCUCAAAAGCAACAGUUGACAAAUCAUCACCACAAAUUAAUGCAAGCAAUUUAAAACAAAAGUCCACUGCACUCCCGUCUAGUCCUCUCAUUAAUCCUCGGACAGGUGAUUAUUCUUUGAAUCGUACGCACUCCACGGAGGGGAUAGCGUCGAAAUUGUCACUGGAACUUAAGAAGCGCUAUUUAUUAGGGGGCAUAAGCAUUGUUGGUGGAUCCAUCAUCAAGUCUGGCUCGGCCUCAAAUGUCAAUACAAAAUUGACUAGUUUCACGGAUUCGAUUUCACAACACCAAAAACUUUUGAAUCCUGCUCCUGAACCAAGUCCGACGAUGCAAGCUUUCUUGCAAAGAAGCGCAAAUAAAAUUGCCGAAAAUAAACCUCUUUCUUCAGCAAAUAAUAUCCUCAAAUCUUCGUCUAAAACAUUUUUCAUCAAAUCGUCCAAUGCUGACGAAACAACAACAAGUCUCACGUGUUUUCAAUCGACCCCAGAAACUCUACUUCCAGAUUUGAUUCAAGAUUCAAGUACUAAUCAACAACAACAACAACAACAAUUCAAAUCUGACUCAAACAUUACUUUUAAUAUGAAUUUUAAUGAAGAAAGUGAUAAAAUUAAAAGCAAGGCCAUAGAAAAUCAUAUUAAUAAAGUAGAAAAAGGGAUACAUGAAGAAACAACUUGCGAAAAGGACAACAACAAGAAACUUGUUGAUCAUGAUGAUCAACAACAAAUCCACUCUAGACCAAGAAGUCCUUUGCACGAAACAUGUAUUAUUGUUCCACAAGUGAAUUGGAAUAAGAAAACUAAUAGGAAAAAGAACAGAAAAAAUCAAAGUUCCGAGGAUUCAGAAGAAAUGGACAGCGACUCAUUACAUCAAGAUGCUAAGAUCAAGAAGAAGAAGAAGAAGGAAACAAAAGAAAAGCCAUUAUCAAAGCUGAUUAAUUUAUCCGGACCUCAUAGCACAAAUUUGUUGCUAGAUGAGAUGAAAAAUAUGGACGACAUUGACAAAUUUGAACCUGAUUCAAUAGAAUGUAUUACUUUAGAGGAUAAAGAACAUAGGAGGACACCUAAUGAUAAUAAUUUAAUGAAAAAUAUCGAAAUUGUUAUUAAUGAUAUAAAACAACUUGAGUUACAACAACAACAACAACAACAAGAGGAAGAAGAAGAGGAAGAAGAAAAGAGCAUUUGCAAUAGUGCCUCAAACAGUAAUCACAACCAGAACAAACUGGACGAUUCUGAUGAAAAUGACGUUACUACUGCUGCUUACACUGAAACAGAGUAUUCGGAAUGGGCAAGAGAUGGUUUCAUUGAAGCUAUCGGUUCUGAAGAUAUCAGAGAUGUGGAUCUAGAUCAUCCGGAAUUGAAACGAAAAAGUAAAAAUAUACUGACAAAUACUAAAUUUGAUAAUAAUAAAGUUGAUGAUGAUGAUGAUGAUGAUGAUGAUGAUGAUGAUGAUAUUUGUAAUAAACAAUUUCCUAGUAACGAUGCAUUAAAAUUUCUUGCAAAUGGAGAGGAUUUAGAUUUUAUGGAUACCGAUAAUGAGGAGCAGGAGUCCUUGUUGGAUGACAGUUUGCAAGAAGCAUCAAAUAAUGCUCUAUUAAAAAAUCGUGGAUACAUCGAAUUUGUUAAUUUUAAAACACCUACUAAAUUUCAUAGAUUAAAUGCUCCAAUUGCCAAAAUUGAAGUGGAGAAUGAUGACGAGAUGGACGCUUGUGAUAAUGUGAUUAAAAUUAAUCCUAUUACGAUAGACGAUGUUAUAGAUAAACUAAAUGGUGCUGUUAACAAAUUUGUCAAAGUGCCGCCGUCGCAGUCGCCGUCGCCGUCGCCGAGAGAUGAAAGAACAAUAACUGUCAGCAAUAAAGAAACGUUGCAGUCCAUGGAUGAAGACAGUCUGUUGAUAAUCGAACCUGCCGAAGACACAACAACCACUAGUGAACUGAUAACUGUUGUUGCAACUCAACUGCCUCCACAGAAAAUAAUGCUUAAAGACGAAUUAGUUCAAGACGAUUCAAGCAAUGCUGAUUAUUUGGAAUAUGUCAAACGACUUCAAUCCAGAAUAGCUGAAUUUAGUAACGCUAAAGAUUCUAUAGACGUAAGAAAGUCGAAGAGAAAAAGUUCGAAAUCAUUAAUUCACAUGAAUGAUGCAAUAUCGGAAGAGGUGAAGAAGGAUUCUUUGAAUUCCAUGGAUACUUUUCGAAAAUUGGAGGAAAUUACAAAAGAGCGUUCGAAGCAAAAAAGUGUCAUUCAAAAUUUGUUGAUGGAUAAACUAGAAGCUCAUAAACAAAAAUCUGCUGAGAAAAAAGCAAAAAGAGCCGCAAGAGCAUCUUCAUUCUCAAAUAAAAAUCCAAUAAAACUUGGCAUUUCUCCUCCUCCCCCUCCACUAGAAGUUCCUCCUUUGUCCUCGUCUUCUUCUUCACUCUUUUCAGAAAAUAGCGUCGAACAAACAUCAUCAAGAGAGAACAAAACAUUAUCAGUUUUUAAACCACUGGAAUUCUCCACUCCUCAAAAAUCUUCCAUUAAUGAAUAUCCCAUCGCUCCUCCUAGAACAAAGCAUGAAGAAAUGACGAGAAAAACCACCGAAAAAGCAAAACAGGACGCAAGAGAACGAGCAAGACUGAAAACUGAUGAAGAUCUCGGAUUGAGCCCUGAAGAUAAAAUUAAAGAGUUACGAAUGAAAGUGAUUGCUCGUAGGCAACUUUGUUUAGAAGAAAGGAAUGAAUCAAAGAAUAAAGUGAGACAACGUUUCUUAAUGAAUUCUCCACACGGGUUAAAAUCAAGUAAAAGUACUGAUAAUUUUAAGACAGUAACAACAAAAAACAUGAGUGCUGAAUUGAAAUCUCCAACAAAUACAAAAUCAAUGGAUGAAUUGUUACAAACAAUUAGAAAAGAUGAAAUCUCUGAUGUCAAACGAGAUAAAAGAAGGUUAAAAGAUUCUGAACGAAGGAAAAGUAUUAUUCAAGCUGUAUCUGAUUUCUUCAAAAAAAAAGACUCUCCAACAAAAGAAAAAUUAUUUACAUUUAGACUGAAAUCCAAGGAAAAAGCAAAGUUGUUUAAAUCGUAUUCUGAUGCGUCGAAUAUGGACAAAACAACAAUGUUUCCAAAAUUCGAUGCCAGACCAAAAAGUGUAACAGAGGGAAUGUUGUUGGUAGAUCAUUUUCUUUCCGAAGUUCCACCACCACCUCUUCCACCUCUGCCUGUGAAUUAUACUGCAUUAACUACUCACAUAUUAGAUGGAAGUUUGUCUGAUGAAGAUUCAAAAACAGCUGCCUUAUCGACUUCACAAGCAAAUAAAACAGCCAGCGUUGAUGAUUUUUGCAACAGCAUUUCACGGAAAACUAAAGCCACUAAAAGAAUAGCGAGACAGGCACAAUUAAAAAGAUUACGGAUUGCACAAGAAAUCCAGAGAAAAUUGGAAGAAACAGAAGUUAAACAGAGAGAAUUAGAGUGCAGAGGAGUAAGUGUAGAGAAAGCUUUAAGAGGAGAAGGGGAUUGUUCGAAUCGUGAAGAAGCUGAUUUAUUGAGAGAGUGGUUCGACCUGAUGAGAGAACGUACAGAUUUAAGAAGAUAUGAAAAAGAACUUUUGGUAAGAGCUCAGGAAGUACAGCUUGAGGAUAGACAUGAGAGAUUACAGCAGGAACUUCGAGAGAGAUUGGCUGAUGAUGAUCAAAACAAGACUAGCGCAGACGUAAAAAAAGAAGGAGAAAUUUUAACGGAAAUGUUGGAAAUAGUAGCAAAGCGCGAUUCCCUGAUUGCUCUUCUAGAAGAGGAGCGACAAAGAUAUCAAGAUGAAGAUCGUGACCUUGAAGUUCAGAUGUUAGCAAAAGGAUUAACUCCAGUUAAAAGUCUAUAAUUCUCAAAUAAAUGGUAUAAUUUUGUAAAUAAUUCAAGUUUAAAUGUUUACUGCGAUGGAAUUUUUAAAAACAUACAAUACAUACAUACAGCUCAAAUAGUUUGUAAAUGCAACUGUAUUUCCAAAUAAUUUAUGUAUAUCCAAGAAGCCUCAGUCGCGUGUUAUAUAUUUCCAUGCAUUAUAGAAAAUAUUUGUUAUAUGAACUAUUUAUUAUUUAUAUACGUAUAUUGUAACCAUAUAAAAAAUAUUCACAUUCAUAAGGACGUCGAUAUGCAUACACAUAUAGCGUUGCCUGGUUAAAACAAGAGAUAUAUUUUUUAUGAAUUGUAAACGUAUAUUAUAUUCUAUCGUCGAACACAUACCUAUAUAGUAUAAAAGUUUUAAAAAAAUUAGAAACUUUUGUAAAUAAUCAAAGUUUAUUUUGCUUUUAUCUAUAUAUAUAAUUCCAAUGGAAGAAAACAAAGAUUUCAAAAAAAGGUCCGUUUUAUAAGCGGGUUACAAUUUAAAAUCAAAUAGACCACACUGCUUCAUUUUUCUAAAAAAAUCAUUUCGACUCCAUUAUACUGAAAAUUAAGUAAAUUAUCAAAUACUUGAA